UUUUUUAAUAACUUUUGUCACUUCUCUCUCCUUAUUUUUCCUAGAUUUGACGUUUGACCUGAGGUUAGAUAUAUUUUUUCACAUUUGGGAAUAUAUAUAAUAUAAUCUGAUUUUUUGGUGAAUAUGUGCAUUUGAUUUUGUGUUUGCUUUCCAAGAAGUUGUUUUUAAUUGUUAUAUAUAGUUUCUCUUUUGAAAUAAAAUAAUUGGGGGAUAUGAAAAUUAAGGGACUAGGGUUACCUUUUCUUACUUUACUUCUCUAUUGGGGUGCCUGUUUAUGAUUUCAUAAGCUGCGGGCUCACUUGGGUCGUCGAUUUUUUCUUGAUUUUCUCAUCUGGGUUGUUCAAAGUUCCUUGUUUUGCCAUCUGGGUCGGUGAGUUUUUCUGCUUCUAUUGUCUGAAGCGGCGUGUUUUCUGAUCUGGGUCUUGCCUGUUUUUCUCUAUCUUAGCAGCUUUCGACAUUGAAUUUCUGGGCUUUUUUACUCGUUUGAUUGAAUCAGAGAGGCUUGGUAGAAAUUGGUGCGGUAGUUAAGGGGUUUUCAAUCCCAGGGGGGAAGCUAUGAUUUUUGGGCUGUAACUUUUCUGUAUCCAGCAUCUGAGGCUUUGUUGGAAAAGAAAGUGAGGUGUUUCUACUCUCUGGGAAUUGUUAAAUGAUGUUUCAUCCACAAGGGGCUUCAAAACACGCUUGUAGUCUUCUUGCUGUCACUAGUGACAAAAAUUUAGAAGAUAAACUCAAGAAGGAUGUUUUGGAAGAUAAGCCGAGAUAUCCCUUUCCAGAAUUGGUGUCCUCUGGACGUUUGGAGGUUCAGACUCUGAACAAUCCAAGCAAAGACGAGCUAUGUAAGACUCUGGAAUCGUAUAAGCCGAGCAUUGUGUACUUGCAAGGAGAGCAGCUUGAGAAUGAUGAAGUUGGGCCUCUGGCGUUUGGAGGUGUUGGUGUGUCCACCCCGGACGCUAUAUCUGAGAUCUUUGCUAGCACAUUGCCUACUGCUGUUUAUUUGGAAAUCCCAAAUGGAAAAAAGUUAGCAGAGGCACUUCACACUAAGGGGAUUCCCUAUGUGAUAUAUUGGAGGAAUGCAAUUUCUUGUUAUGCUGCUUGCCAUUUUCGUCAUGCAUUAUUUUCAGUUGUACAGAGUUCAUCUACUCAUACAUGGGAUGCUUUCCAACUUGCGCGUGCUUCCUUUAGACUUUAUUGUGUACGAAACAGUCAAGUUCUUCCUGCUAACAGCCAUAAAGUUGAUGAUGAGCUGGGGCCAUGCCUUCUAGGGGACCGUUUGAAAAUCAAUGUUGACCCUCCUGAGGUAGAUGCAGAGGAAGAUGAUGAAAGUUCUUUAGGUACUUUGCCUGCUAUAAGGAUACAUGAUGAUGAUGUGAGCUUGAGGUUUCUUGUUUGUGGAGUGCCAUCCUCAUUGGAUGCGUGCUUGUUAGAAUCAUUGGAAGAUGGCCUCAAUGCCCUCUUGAACAUUGAAAUACGAGGGAGCAAACUUCAUGGAAAAUUUAGUGCCCCUCCUCCGCCACUUCAGGCAGGGACAUUUUCUCGUGGCGUUGUGACUAUGCGAUGUGAUGUAACAACCUGCAGUUGUUCUCACAUCUCACUUCUGGUGUCUGGUAGUGCUCAAACGUGCUUUGAUGAUCAGCUCCUGGAGAAUCAUAUUAAGAAUGAAAUUAUUGAGAAGAGUGAACUUGUUCAUGCACUGCCUGAAGGUGAUGAAAAGAAAAUUACAUUCUCUGAGCCUCGUAAAUCAGCUUCAAUUGCUUGUGGGGCAACUGUAUUUGAAAUUUGCAUGAAGGUCCCUACAUGGGCUUCUCAGGUUUUAAGGCAGCUAGCGCCAGAUGUUUCAUAUCGUAGUUUAGUUGCACUUGGAAUUGCAAGCAUUCAGGGAUUGCCAGUUGCUUCUUUUGAGAAAGAUGAUGCUGAGCGUCUGCUUUUUUUCUGUUCAAGGCAUGGAAAAGGUACCUGUAGGGACAAUUUAAUUUUUAGCAGCCCCCCUAGUUGGUUGAGACCACCUGCUCCUAGUCGGAAGAGGUCUGAACCAAGCCAAGGGACUACCCCUGCUUCCCAUGAUGGCAAGUCUAAUAAAAUUGAUGAAGAUGACAGAGACACUAGAUUGCGGAAUGGGGUUAGCAUGCCCUUACUCCCAGCUAGGCAAAGAUUGAAGGUUGCCGCAAUGAGGCCUAUUCCUCAUGUUCGUCGCCAUAAAAUGACACCAUUUUCUGGAAUGUCUGAGGCAGAUGGGCAUGAUGGAGGCCAAGUUAAGGUUACUUUGCCUGUUGUUACCCCUGUAAAGCAAAGUAUUGUAGGAUCAGCUCCCACAACACAACGAAGAUCAUAUUCAAGCUCAUCUCAAGCUAAGCAGAUUAUUUCCUUGAAUCCACUUCCUUUGAAGAAACAUGGGUGUGGUAGAAGUCCAAUGCAGAGUUGCUCCGAGGAGGAGUUUCUGAAGGAUGUGAUGCAGUUUCUAAUCCUUCGAGGACAUACUAGGCUUAUUCCCCAAGGUGGGCUUGCUGAGUUCCCAGAUGCCAUACUUAAUGGGAAGCGUCUUGACCUAUACAACUUGUACAAAGAGGUGGUUACAAGAGGAGGCUUUCAUGUUGGCAAUGGUAUCAACUGGAAAGGGCAGAUCUUUUCUAAGAUGCAUAAUUACACAAUGACCAAUAGAAUGACUGGUGUUGGUAAUACGCUAAAAAGGCAUUAUGAAACUUACCUUCUAGAAUAUGAAUUGGCUCAUGAUGAUGUAGAUGGGGAGUGUUGUUUGUUGUGUCAUAGUAGUGCAGCAGGGGAUUGGGUGAACUGUGGCAUAUGUGGUGAGUGGGCCCACUUUGGCUGUGACAGAAGGCAGGGUCUUGGUGCAUUUAAGGAUUACGCAAAAACAGAUGGGCUAGAAUACAUAUGUCCACAUUGUAGCAUUACAAAUUUCAAGAAGAAACCACAGAAAGUAGGAAAUGGAGUUCCUCAAGGCUCGAUGAUAUCAAGACCAUUGAGAUUAUGGGGAAAAGGACAAGGAGUAGAGAAGCAUACAAGUCGAUAGAGGAUAGGUGUCGCAGGCAUAGUAUUACAAGUAGGAAUUUAUAUUUUCCACUUUUCAGUGGGGUGGAUAGGUAUUAGGGUAAAGAUGCCCUUAAUUUAGGCAGGGUGGUUGUAAAAUAUUUUGAUUCUCCUUUGAACAUUUGACUGAUGUAGCUUAAUGACGAUGAUAAAUAUAUCCAUUAAAUGAUUCCCUGUGUC